AUGGACGACUAUGUUUCUGUAGAUGAGGACGUCUAUGACGUGCGUCACGACGAGGAGGCCGUGGAAUCUCCUGCGAUCAUCCAUGACAGAGUUGCACAUGAGCUUCUCGAUCCAUCAUCAGGGACAAGCGCAUCCGCCGAAGAGCCUGCGUUCGCCGAAUCGCCUCCGAUGAUGAACGCCGACGGCAAUCCGGCCACGGAUCAGAACGAGGAGCUAGCCUCAGAACCGGCAGCCCGUUUCCUCUUGUCAUCGAAGCACCUGACGCUUGCCAGCCCGUAUUUCAAGACGACCUUGGGCGGCGUAUGGCGUGAGACCAGAAACAAGUCAUCGUCGGAGUUGCUCACCACACUGAAAGGAUUCGAUGUCGAUGCGACGCUGAUUCUGAUGCAAGUUAUCCACGGGCAAUUGCACGAAACACCGACUGCGGUGACGUUAGAGCUUCUUGCCAAGAUUUCCGUUUUGGUCGACUAUCUCGGAUGCCACCAAGCAUUUAGAUUCGUAUCGCGGAUUUGGUUUGCGGAGAUGACCGUCUCGCCGCCGAAUCAUUACGGUCGGGAAUUGGUGCUCUGGAUACUGAUCUCGAAAGUUUUCAGCGAGCCCAAGAUUUUCGAGACAACCACGAAGACAGCCAUUAUCUCGAGCUAUGGUCGUCUCCAGACAAUGGAACUCCCUCUGCCGAAUGCAUUAAUUGGUAGGCUUGUCGUCUACAUUAUCUUGCGGUAUAACUAA